CUACCUACGUCAAAUACAAAUAGUGGUUGUUUUGUCUUUCAAAGAUAGGAAAGUCAUCCAUUUUAUGUAAUUACCGGGAUAUAAACCAGUAUAUUGUCACAAUGCAUCUAGGGGUAAAUAUUUCCAAUGCCCUGCAGCAGUUGGAAAGUGUGAAAGCAGCAGUGGAUCAAAGCGAUGAUCCAAAAUUGAAGGCUGCUACCAAUGAUGACUUGAAUAUGCUAAUCAACUUGUUAGAAAGCCCCAUAUUGAGAAGUAUAGCCACCCUUCACGAUUCUGUGGGAAUGCUUGCUACACAAGUAGCCAAUCAUCCAUCUAUUUUGCCUGGAGAUUUCGACAUUACUCCUGCUGGUGAACUAGCACUACAGGGCAGGAGUCUCUAUGGAGGCCAAGAAGGCGAAGAGGAGCAGAGAGUGCCACAAGUGUCACCACCACAGAGCUUGGAUUUUGGUUCUGGUUCUGACAAUGAACGGAUUUUGGGGCUAGAUAGUGGAUCUGUUGACUCUAACAUGUCUCCUAAACAGUGUCGAGGAAUCCUGGAUUUGUCACGCAAUGACGAUCUUGCGUCGACGUCCCACAAUAUCGUGGCGGGCGACUGGGCACAGGUGGAGGUUAUCAAUCUUGUUAAUGAUGGAACAGGACUUGGCUUCGGAAUAAUUGGUGCUAGAACGAGUGGUGUAAUAGUAAAAACAAUAUUAGCAGGCGGAGUCGCCGACCGGGAUGGACGGCUCAAAUCCGGAGACCAUAUUUUGCAGAUUGGGGAUGCUCACUUAACAGAAAUGGGAUCAGAGCAAGUAGCAGGUGUGUUACGCGCGUCGGGAUCGCGAGUACGUUUAGUAGUCGCGCGUGCUGUUGACCCCGCCGCCGUGCACGCCUCACUCGCACCAGUCGUGCCCGCCAGGUUACUCUCAGACCCUGAAUCCCUAGACCGCUACCUCCUCGAAGCAGGCUUCGAACAAGUAUUCCACACGCAACCAACACCUAUCACCAACAACAAUACGGCCUCCAGAUUCGUCUUCGAUAGCUCUAUUACACCACCUCCUGAAACUGAUGCAGAGUCACCGGAAGUAGACAGAUUCACAGUUCAGUUAAAAAAAGAUGAAAAUGGACUUGGUAUUACAAUAGCUGGCUACGUGUGUGAAAAAGAAGAACUAUCAGGUAUAUUUGUGAAAUCGGUAACGCCGGGUAGUGCGGCUGCACUCAGCGGAAAAGUGCGGGUAAACGAUCGUAUCGUUGCCGUGGACGGAGUCUCGCUUGCUGGUAAAUCUAACCAGAGGGCUGUGGAUGCGUUGAAACAGAGCGGCAAUAUUGUCACUUUGGAGCUUGAAAGAUACUUGCGCGGUCCGAAGUUCGAACAACUGCAACAGGCCAUUGCGGCGGGCGAAAGUGCAGCCGUCGUCGCUGCGCCACACAACCCCUUCCUGCACAUGCACCGUAACGAGAACGCGCCCCACGAUCACGAUAUACAGAUGACGCACCUGCAUACCACCGAUUCGAGCGUGGAGGAUGGCGCGUCGGCGUCCCCGGCGGCGUCGCCGGCGCCACCGCCACCUGCGCGUGCGCAACCGCAUUUCGAAAUGCCGCGCACACCCGAGCAGAGAGACGCCAUUCGUAGGAAAUGGCAGGCUAUUUUGGGUGAUGAUGUGGAAAUAGUAGUAGGAGUAGUAAUGCGUGGCGGAGGUGGGCUUGGCAUCUCGUUAGAGGGGACGGUGGACGUGGAAGGUGGGAGGGAGGUACGUCCCCACCAUUACGUGCGCUCUGUACUGCCUGAGGGCCCCGUAGGACGAGCGGGGGUGCACCGCCCUGGAGACGAGUUGCUCGAGGUAAACGGACAUCGUCUGCUGGGCAUGAAUCACCUGGAAGUAGUGUCGAUCCUGAAGGAGUUGUCGAGUGAGGUGUGCAUGGUGUGUGCACGACCGAGGCCUGCGCCCGCACCGCCGCUCGACCUUGCCCCCCCUGCGCCUACCCUCGUCAAGGCAAAAUCUGACGGCAGUCUAGCCGGUGCAGGGGCAGAGGAAGGCGGGUCUUUGACCAAUGGCAAAGUGCGCUCGCGCAGCCUUGAGCCUCUUACUGGUCUCGCCAUGUGGUCUUCAGAGCCGCAAAUUAUUGAACUAGUAAAAGGCGAGCGCGGUCUCGGUUUCUCAAUCCUUGACUACCAAGACCCACUGCGGCCAUCGCACACGUUGGUCGUGAUUCGAUCGCUGGUGCCAGGUGGAGUGGCGCAACAAGAUGGAAGGCUUAUUCCUGGAGACCGACUGCUCUUUGUCAAUGACCAGAACUUAGAAAAUGCUAGCCUUGAGCAAGCUGUGGCAGCCCUUAAAGGUGCCCCGCGAGGCGUCGUUCGCAUCGGCGUAGCAAAGCCGCUGCCGCUGGCCGACGCGCCGCCGCCGCUGCCCGCCGUCGCGCCUCCUACAAUUGACUAGUUACUACGGAUUACGUGUUUUUUUUAAUAUCACCAUUUUACACAUGUCAGGUACGCAAACAUCAAACAGUAUUCCAUUUUUACAUUCCGUCUGUUAUUCCAAAUACUUAAGUCGACAGCUUGACACUUAGUACAUUAUACCUCCAAGAAUUUGGAAAAUAUUAGGUAUUGACUGACUUAAGCCCUUACCUAUUUUUGCCGCCAAACAGUAAUGUGAGCAUUACUGCGUUUCGGUUUUGAAAGGUAAGGGAGCUGGUGAAAUUACAGGCAUGUGGGACUUGUCAACUUAUAUCUCAGAGUGACUUGCGCAGUGGCAAUGCAACCUUAUUUAUGGUCAGGCGUGUCGCCUGCCACCAAGCGCACGACUUGUUCGACACGUCACUUCGUAUCAUAUAAAAAGUCAAUGUGUUUAAAUACUAACAGAAAGGUUACAGACAAAGAAAGGUACAGUUCGCGAAGCGAAAUGUAAGCUUCGUUUUUGUAGUCUCCAAAAAACCGAAAAGAAAUUUAAUGUGCUAAAAAUUUCGCGAAUUAUUUGCAUAAGAAAUUCCAAAAACGCAAAUUGCUAACUGUACUCAAGCCAGAUAUCAAAAGCAGUGCGUACGCUUUAAAUCAUGACGCACCGCUUUAAAAAUCUAAAUUGCACGCACCUACCGUAAUGCCUGUUGUUUUUUCAUGAUAUUUCAGAUACUCAAGUAAACAAAAAUAAUAUAAUUUUAUUUUUUUUAAUUAUCGUGAUAGUAUUUGUAUUGAUAACUUUUUAACAGCAUUUUCCGUUAGUUAAUUAAUAUUUAUAUCAUCUGUUCCAAUCCAUUGUACGAGAAAAGUAAACAAACCGUUUCGGUUAAAAUUUCAAAGCAAUCACUCAAUAAAUGGAAUUAGUAACACUAUCACGUAUAUUUUGAAGACUUCCACUUGAUAUCUCAAUGUUUUUCCAAUAUGUUCAUGUGAAUAACAUCUUAAAAUCGUGUUUGAAAAAUUUUUGUCAAAAAUCGAGUGCAAAAACUGUUAACAACCAGUACUUUGUUGUAAAUCGAGUUUUGUUUAAAUUUUAUUAUAUUAUUACAAAAUGUUUAUUCCUAUCUGAUCUAGACGAUUCGAUUAGCCUUUCUAUUGAAUCGACUUGCUUGAAAAUUGCGUUGAAAUAAAUCAAUACAAAAAUUGUUAGAUUCUUGAUGAAUGAUGACUUGAAUCGAUCUUCAUAAAAAUCGAAUCGUAAUGUUCCAUCCUUAGUUGUCAAAAUCCACAGGAUUGAAGGUAGUUAUUAUGUGGAGUUGCCUCUUUUAUUUACUUUUCCCGUAAAAUGAUUGAUAAGAAGUAUAGUUAUGACAUUUUACUUGUUUAUGUUUGUGUGACGUCAUCGAGUAUAUAACCAGAAAUAGAGACGAAAUGUCAUUUCAUUUGUUUGAAAACUAUUCUGCCAUAUCAUUACUGCGACAACUGCGCUCCGAUUGGCCAGCCCGAGUUCGAAACAAUUGAUGG